GUGGUAUCCGGCUCAGUCGUAGCCGAGGCCAAGGAAUGUGACCGGCCUUGUGUCAACGGCGGCCGCUGCAACCCUGGCACCGGACAGUGCGUCUGCCCCGCCGGCUGGGUGGGCGAGCAGUGCCAGCACUGCGGGGGCCGCUUCAGACUAACUGGAUCUUCUGGGUUUGUAACAGAUGGACCUGGAAAUUAUAAAUAUAAAACGAAGUGCACAUGGCUCAUUGAAGGACAGCCAAAUAGAAUAAUGAGACUUCGUUUCAAUCAUUUUGCUACAGAGUGUAGUUGGGACCAUUUAUAUGUUUAUGACGGGGAUUCAAUUUAUGCACCACUAAUUGCUGCCUUUAGCGGCCUCAUUGUUCCUGAGAGAGACGGCAAUGAGACUGUCCCUGAGGUUGUUGCCACAUCAGGUUAUGCCCUGCUGCAUUUUUUUAGUGAUGCUGCUUAUAAUUUGACUGGAUUUAAUAUCACUUACAAUUUUGACAUGUGUCCGAAUAAUUGCUCAGGCCGAGGAGAAUGUAAAAUCAGUAAUAGCAGCAACACUGUUCAGUGUGAAUGUUCUGAAAACUGGAAAGGUGAAGCAUGUGACAUUCCUCGCUGUGUAAAUAACUGUGGUUUUCCUCAUCAAGGCAUCUGCAAUUACAGUGAUGUCAGAGGAUGUUCCUGCUUACCAGGGUGGCAGGGUCCUGGAUGUUCAAUUCCUGUACCAGCUAACCAGUCAUUUUGGACUCAAGAGAAAUAUUCUAACCCAAAGCUCCCCAGAGCCUCUCACAAAGCUGUGGUCAAUGGAAAUAUAAUGUGGGUUGUUGGAGGAUAUAUGUUCAACCACUCAGAUUACAGCAUGGUUCUAGCGUAUGACCUUGCUUCUAGGGAGUGGCUUGCACUGAACCGGUCUGUGAACAAUGUGGUGGUUAGAUAUGGCCAUUCUUUAGCAUUAUACAAGGAUAAAAUUUACAUGUAUGGAGGAAAAAUUGAUUCAACAGGGAAUGUGACCAAUGAGUUGAGAGUGUUUCAUAUUCAUAAUGAAUCGUGGGUAUUGUUGACUCCGAAAGCAAAGGAGCAGUAUGCAGUUGUUGGGCACUCUGCACACAUUGUCACGUUGAACACUGGCCGAGUGGUCAUGCUCGUCAUCUUUGGUCACUGCCCUCUCUAUGGGUAUAUAAGCAAUGUACAGGAAUAUGAUUUGGAUAAGAACACAUGGAAUAUAUUACAUACCCACGGUGCCCUCGUCCAAGGAGGCUAUGGCCAUAGCAGUGUCUAUGAUCACAGGACUAGGGCAGUCUAUGUUCAUGGAGGCUACAAGGCUUUCAGCGCCAAUAAAUACCGGCUUGCAGAUGAUCUCUACAGAUAUGACGUGGACACCCAGAUGUGGACCAUUCUUAAGGACAGCCGAUUUUUCCGUUACUUGCACACAGCUGUGAUAGUGAGUGGAACCAUGCUGGUGUUUGGAGGAAACACACACAAUGACACAUCCAUGAGCCAUGGCGCCAAAUGCUUUUCUUCAGAUUUCAUGGCUUAUGACAUUGCUUGUGACCGCUGGUCAGUGCUUCCCAGACCUGAUCUGCACCAUGAUGUCAACAGAUUUGGCCACUCAGCAGUCUUACACAACAGCACCAUGUAUAUAUUUGGUGGCUUCAAUAGUCUCCUCCUCAGUGACAUCCUGGUAUUUACCUCGGAACGGUGUGAAGCACACUGGAGUGAAGCUGCUUGUCUAGCAGCAGGACCUGGCAUCCAGUGUGUGUGGGACACCACGUCAUCUCAGUGUAUCUCCUGGGAGUUGGCAACAGAAGCACAAGAAGAAAAGUUAAAAUCAGAAUGUUUUUCCAAAAGAACUCUUGACCAUGACAGAUGUGACCAACACACUGAUUGUUACAGCUGCACGGCCAACACCAAUGACUGCCACUGGUGCAAUGACUAUUGUGUCCCUAGGAACCACAGCUGCACGGAAGGCCAGAUCUCCAUUUCCAGGUAUGAGAACUGCCCCAAGGAUAACCCCAUGUACUACUGUAACAAGAAGACCAGCUGCAGGAGCUGUGCCCUGGACCAGAACUGCCAGUGGGAGCCUCGGAAUCAGGAGUGCAUUGCCCUGCCUGAAAAUAUCUGUGGCAGUGGCUGGCAUUUGGUCGUAAACAUGUGCUUGAAAAUUACUACAGCCAGGGAGACCUAUGACAAUGCUAAAUUGUCCUGUAGGAACCACAAUGCCCUUUUGGCUUCUCUUACAACCCAGAAGAAGAUAGACUUUGUCCUUAAGCAGCUGCGAAUAAUGCAGUCAUCACAGAGCAUGACCAAGGUGACCUUGACGCCAUGGGUUGGUCUUCGGAAGAUCAAUGUAUCCUAUUGGUGCUGGGAAGAUAUGUCCCCAUUCACAAAUAGUUCACUACAGUGGAUGCCGUUUGAGCCCAGUGAUGCUGGAUUCUGUGGAAUCCUGUCAGAACCCAGUACUCGGGGCCUGAAGGCUGCAACCUGCAUCAACCCACUCAAUGGUAGUGUCUGUGAAAGGCAGGCAAACCACAGCAGCAAGCAAUGCCGGAUGCCAUGUGCCUUGAGGACAGCGUGUGGAGAGUGCACCAGUGGCAGCUCCGAGUGCAUGUGGUGCAGCAACAUGAAGCAGUGUGUGGACUCCAAUGCCUACGUGGCCUCCUUCCCUUAUGGACAGUGUAUGGAGUGGUAUACCAUGAGCAGCUGUCCCCCUGAAAAUUGUUCAGGCUACUGUACCUGUAGUCAUUGCUUGGAGCAACCAGGCUGCGGCUGGUGUACUGAUCCCAGCAAUACUGGCAAAGGGAAAUGCAUAGAGGGCUCCUAUAAAGGACCAGUGAAGAUGCCUUCUCAGGCCCCUAUAGGAAAUUUCUACCCACAGCCUCUUCUCAAUUCCAGCAUGUGUUUGGAGGACAGCAGAUACAACUGGUCUUUCAUUCAUUGUCCAGCAUGCCAGUGCAAUGGCCACAGCAAAUGCAUUAAUCAGAGUAUCUGUGAGAAGUGUGAGAACCUGACCACGGGCAAACAUUGUGACACCUGCAUAUCUGGCUUCUAUGGUGAUCCCACCAAUGGGGGGAAAUGUCAGUCAUGUAAGUGUAAUGGGCAUGCAUCACUGUGCAAUACCAACUCGGGCAAGUGCUUCUGCACCACCAAGGGCGUCAAGGGGGACGAGUGCCAGCUAUGUGAGGUAGAAAAUCGAUACCAGGGAAACCCUCUCAAAGGAACGUGUUAUUAUACUCUUCUUAUUGACUAUCAGUUCACCUUUAGCCUGUCCCAGGAGGAUGACCGCUAUUACACAGCCAUCAAUUUUGUGGCUACACCUGAUGAACAAAAUAGGGAUUUGGACAUGUUCAUCAAUGCCUCCAAAAACUUCAACCUCAACAUCACCUGGGCCGCCAGCUUCUCAGCUGGAACCCAGGCUGGAGAAGAGACGCCUGUUGUUUCAAAAACCAACAUUAAAGAGUACAAAGAUAGCUUCUCUAAUGAGAAGUUUGAUUUUCGCAACCACCCGAAUAUCACUUUCUUUGUUUAUGUCAGUAAUUUCACCUGGCCCAUCAAAAUUCAGAUUGCCUUCUCCCAGCACAGCAAUUUUAUGGACCUGGUACAGUUCUUCGUGACUUUCUUCAGUUGUUUCCUCUCUUUGCUCCUGGUGGCUGCUGUGGUUUGGAAGAUCAAACAAAGUUGUUGGGCCUCCAGGCGCAGAGAGCAACUUCUCCGAGAGAUGCAGCAGAUGGCCAGUCGUCCCUUUGCCUCUGUGAAUGUUGCCUUGGAAACAGAUGAAGAGCCUCCUGACCUUAUUGGUGGCACUGUAAAGACUGUUCCUAAACCCAUUGCCCUAGAGCCGUGUUUUGGCAACAAAGCUGCUGUCCUCUCUGUGUUUGUGAGGCUCCCUCGAGGCCUUGGUGGAAUCCCUCCUCCUGGGCAGUCAGGUCUUGCAGUAGCCAGCGCCCUGGUGGACAUUUCUCAGCAGAUGCCAAUAGUGUACAAAGAGAAGUCAGGAGCAGUGAGAAACCGGAAGCAGCAGCCCCCUGCGCAGCCCGGGACCUGCAUUUGAUGCUGGGGCCAGGGACUCUCUGUGAGUGAGCGAAGUGUGGCGAGGUGUGGCGUGCUAGAGCCGGCUGCAGGGUGGGAGCAGGCAGGAGAUGCUGUGUGGAGCCGAGCAGGGCAGAAAACUGGAAACCCUCCAACUGGAAACAUCGACUCAUCUGCAUGUUCACAGGCUUUCUUUGACAGUUUCUACCAUGUGUGCUCUAGCAUCUGACCUUUUAUUUUUGCAUAGGAAAUAAUUGAUUUAAUUACAGGUCCAGGGGUGAUCCAGAUGUUGCUGGAGGAGGCCGGUGUGGAGCCAGUGAGAGAGCUAGGAAUGAUACUCAGGUUUACUUGUGGGAAACUGGUCUUGGGACUGUCUCAACUGUGCAAAAACAAAGAUGUAGUGUUUACAAGCAGACAUGCGUCAUCAGUCAUUCUGGAACAAGGUCUUUUCAAAACUAGUCAGAUGAAUGAACUUGUCUUCAUCUGAAACCUAUCUUUUUUAAAAGAUGUGCUAUUUAUUCUUGCAUGUUUUAGGCAGAUAACUCUCUUCCAGGGAGUAUCUUUUUUUCUAGUUGAGAACUAAUGUCCAUCUCUUUUGAAUCAUAUUAAACUGAGAUAGAAGGGGGCUAUUUUAAGUGUCAUAAUCAGCAGUGUUAUUUAGAACGUAAACUGGUGUGAUAGGUAGUUUUCUAUAGCUACUUGAUUAAAUUAGGUCUUAAUCCAUUUGAAAUUCCUCUCUCUCACACACACCUGCACACACAAACACUAAGUGCCUAGACUUUAAAUAGAUCUAGCAAUUGGAAAGUUAGUAAGCCUAAGUUUUUACAUAAUUGCAUUCCUACAUUCUUACACAACUUAAAUAGCUACCAUUGGCAAUCUGCUUUUUUUCUAAAAUGUACUUUGCAGCCAGGAAAGAAUUUUCACCCCAAGCAACCUUUAUCCCAGCACCAAGGACUGAAGAGGAAAGCAGGGAUGACCUAACUGUAAAAGCUCCUGUUUGUAUUGUUAAAAAGGACACUAGGCAUGAUCCCCAUGUGUUCUCCUGACCCCAGAUCACUCUAGGUCUGAUGUUCUCUUCAGCCUUUCUGGCCUCCUGCUUCCAGGGCGCCACAGAAGAAGGGACUCACUCAUGUUACAUGCCUCCCUUGAGCAGAAAAGAGCAUGACAGUACCUGGAUCAAAGAGCGACUCUGUUCCUGCAGCCUGCUCUGAGCUGUGGGCCAUCGCAGGCUGCGGGUGGGAUCGCACACCAGGAGAGGGACAGUCUCCCAUUGUCAGCUGAACCUGCCCACAGCCUAGAGAAGGACCUGGAGCUGUUUGUCCUCUUUCCCCCAGGAGGGGCUGGCUCUUCACCCCUCCCCAGACCCAGGUGGUGGCUGUGGGAGGGCAAUGAACACUAAAAGGAUGAAAAGCACAUGGAAAAAAUGGACAAGGAGGGAAAACUAUGCCAAAUGGAAAGUGACCAAAUUUAAGCAGGAUGGGGCAGUCCCUGCUUUUCUCCCCAGGGCACUGCCUAGACAUCGUGUUGUCCAUCUAUGGUGCUCUGUACUCUGGCAUUAUGCAGCAGCCUCCCAAGACCUCUCCUGCUUCAAAACCUGGGGAUGGACCUCUAGACAACAAUGCUGUAGCUUGUGAAUUUGGAGAAAUAAAUACUCAAAAGAGCAAAAACUGUGAAAACCUUUAAAUGUGGUGCCUAGAGAGAGGGAGUAUCUAUCUCUCCCCCAGCACUGACCCCACUCCCAUGAAGAAUUGCCUGGGAAGAUGUUUUCAAAGAAGUCGAACCAUAAAAGACUGUCUGGUGCACAAAGCACCUCUACUUUGAGACUCACCUCUCAAAAAGCUGUGUUUUCACAUUACUGUUAAAGAAUAGAUGGUUCUAGAAAAGACCUCUAUGAGCUCCCUGCAUCCCUACUCCAGGUCACGGCACCCACAGAGAGCCUGCCAUGGACUGGGCCUUCACUUCUUAUUACCACCAGGCCUCUUGGCCAAGAGGGAGGCACUGGAGGGGAUCCUACCACAAGGGAAAUCCUUGUUUGUUCUAAGGACCCCUGUGCCCUUGGCCAAAGAAGUCUUUUUCCCCACGGUAGUCCCACGCCUUGAAAUACAUGCACCAGUCCCACAGCCACCUGGUUAUUUAUUUUUUCAUAAAACACGAUGUUUAGUUUUAAAAAGGAAGAAAGCAAGUGAAGUUUAAUUUUGCUCCAGCAGUGGAGAAACAGCUGAACCCACCUGCUUCUCCGUUGCAGCCCAUAGCAAAUGGCUUUCUCUAGGCUCAGGCCAGAGGAAGGGAAUGGCAGGAGAAAGGCACUCAGCUUAGAGCCAGUUACCAAGAGGGCAUCACCUGGAACUUCAGAGAUGUCUGCAUGUCACAGGAGAGCCUGUAAAUAAAUUAUAGUCAUGACAGCGUUGAUGUUGCACUUGUACAUAACUAUACAGUAGUGUCCGGAAUGUUCAGACAUUCAAAGUGUACAUAAAACAGAAAAAUCUCAAUGUAUUUUUAUUAAAUGUAACGGCGUCUGAGUUUCACCUAAUGUGUUUUUGUGCCAUUACUGGAUAUCCAGGUUCAGAGAAGUCCUCUUGUUAGACCCUGAAGCAUUGAUGAAGCCAAGAAGGGCACCCUCAUCAUGCUGAUGUGUUCAAAUGCAUCUGGUACCAAUUGGAUAACCCUUAGAACCCGAAUCCUCUGUUAGUACACAAGUGAAAACUGGCAGUGAGUCCAUUUAAACAGCAGUACAUGAGAAGACUUGAAGGCAGUGGGAACCUGUCACUAUUGUUCACUCUGCAAGUGCGUCGUGCAUCUGUCAACCUUUUAGUGCUGUGGGUGGCCAGGGACAGCCAGUCUCAUCCUGAGAAAUGUUUUUCAAAGUCUUUAAGUUCAAAGAUUAUACCUUAGAAAUCAGAUUUUCCAAAAAGGGGGUUUCCAGGCUGCAUUUUGUUGUGGUUUUGUCUAAGUUUUUAAUGAUCAUUUCCCAGAACCAUAGUUUACUAUACUGGAAAUUGGAGGUGGGAGUGGGGUGGCUAGUUUGUUGAUAUAUAGCUCCUGGUUCCCCAUAAAGAACCGCAUGCACCCUGGACUCCUGCCUUCUACUCCUCUCUACACACAGCUUAGGGAGAAGAGAAGUCUGUGCUUCCCUCUGGGUAUCACCUGCAAAAGGUGGGAGGAGGUAUGGAAAAAGCAGCUCUGGACAGAAGACUGCAGCAAAAGGGAAACAUGGGAAUAUCUAUGGGUGAGACCUGAGCUGCAAGGUUCGAGACACCAGGAAAUCUGGGCAAAUGAAAAGACCAGAGCACUAUCAGUGCAAGUCCUACUCCUUCAACUUAAUGGAGUGUAUCUGGGCAGGGGUGGGGGUGAUUCACUUCCUUGGGGGGUGCCCUUGUCAUGAACACCUUUGAUCCUUGAGUUUCAUUCAUGCAUCCAUUCAAGGAAUAUUCACUAAGCACUUACUAACAACCUAAGCUCACACUAGGGCAGUGACCGAGAUGAAAAAGAAGCUCCAGAAUUACAACAGAAUCCAGCUUCCAAACCCAUCGUCCCAGGAGAUCUUUCCUUGUGGUUUCUGUGAGAAUUGGCCAUCCUGACAACAGAUCCAGGGAGGCAGUGGGUUUGUCCUCGGCCGUGCACCAGCUCUCCAUCUGAAGCGUUUACCAAGCUCAGCCUCAGAAGUCAUGGUUUGUAGAUAGCCAAGCCCACAAGGAGACAUUUCCCCGGAGUAGUUCAAACUAAUAAACGCCUUUGCCUGCAGGGAAAUGAUUUGGAAAGGAGAUGAAAACCGGCGCCUUCUCUUAAAGGCAAUAAUGGAAGCGACUUCCAGUAACUGAAUUUGUGCACAAAACAUUCUAAACACUAGUGAAGCCUGUCUCAUUGAACUAAUUCUGGCCCUGGAAAUGUUUUGUUCUAUAGUUAUAUACGUUUUUGUUUGUUUAGAUUCAAGCUUAGUUUGUCAAUAUGUAUAAUUUAGCAUCUGUUGCACUCAUGUAAAUAUGGAGUAAGUAUUGUAAACUAUUUCAUUGCUGGGGAUUGUGGGUAUUAUACAUACAUUUAGGACUGCAAUUUUUUGGUAUUUUUUGUAUUGUAAAAUAACAGCUAAUUUAAGCAGGAACAAGAGAAUUAAGGGAGGUCUGUGCAUUUUAAACAAAAUGUGAAGAACUUGUACAUAAAAAAAGUAAAUACUAUACUACAAACUUCCUUCUGAAAUAAAAGUAGAUCUGGUAAAAAUGUG